UGGCUGAGAGACACGCCGCGAGAAGCUCUGCGUGGGCGGGGUUGCGGUGCGACGUGAGCAGGCGCUUGGUGGGCUGCGGAAGCCGCGAUAUGGCAGCGGACAAGCUGCUCUUGCGUAAACAAAGGACUGCCCGAGACAAGGACGCUGGCACCGCACACCUACGUCAGCGCAAGUUCUGCGGAUUUGUACGGCGAGCUCAGAUAUCACACACCUUUCCCACACGUCCCGUGCUCUGUACGGGCUGGUGGUUGAUUUUCGUCUGUGCUGGAGGGCGAUGCAACGCAGUGGGCCUCGGAGCACCGGCGGGUCAACUACGGUCUUCAGUGCGGGAGACGCAGGCAAUGGGCCCCAACGCGAGCGGCUGCGACACAAUGACAGCCCCACGAUGCGAGGGAAUGAGGAAUUGGCAGCCGUUGGGUGGCGAAUGGCUGGCGCUGAUCAAGAGAAGAGGUGGAAGGGUACGAAACGCCAGCCUGGGAAGACGACGCGGCUAGCAGCGAAACGGACUGGGCAGGGUGGGUAGGACGCCUGCGAGCUGGUGCGAG